UGAUGGUGGUCCACUGUGACCACAGGCUUCGUUCGCAUGAUGUGCCUAACUUUACGGCCUUGGCUCUAACCUGAGGUUGACCAAAGGUCAGGGAAACGUUCCUGGACUGAACAAUGAGAUUGCCACUUCCAUCUUUGCUCAGACCAAAAGUCCUGGUCUGUGAAAUUUGGGGAAAAAUUGAGAAGUGUUAAUAUUAUAUUUUUAGACGCAGUCAUCAGCUUCCUCUCAUUUUUUUUUUUUUAAGAUUUAUUUAUUCAUGAGAGACACACAGAGAGAGGCAGAGACAUAGGCAGAGGGUGGAGCAGGCUCCCACCAGGGAGCCGGACAAGGGACUCCAUCCUGGAUCCCAGGAUCACACCCUGAGCCCUGAGCUGAAGGCAAAUGCUCAACCUCUGAGCCACCCAAGCGUCCCCACACCUUUUUUUUUUUUUUUUUAAGCUUCCUCUCAUUUGUUUGUUUCUUUUCUUGGGUGGAGAAAGAAAGAAAGUCCAUGAUUUGCAAGUCUGCCAGAGCCAGAGUGUGUGUGUAGGGCCAGGUUGCUGUCAGGCACAAAGGCAGGAAGAUGGCCUGUGUCCAAAUGAAGAUCCACUGGGGCAAGAAGAAAGCCAGGCUGGAAGGAAGAGAAGCAGGCUUCGAGCUCCAACAAUUCCUGCCCAGUGAGGCUCAGGGGCACCAGAGACAAGAGCCCAAAGGCCAUUCUUCGAAGCUGAGCAAGAUUGCAGGGUUUCUGAGAGUACUGCGCAGAAAUAAAGGAGACAAAAAUGUCACUGAUCCACCAGAAACUUCCAAAGGUUUCUCCGAGUUGGUCCAGGAUGGGCAGUUCCUGGAGGCCUACCUGAGCAUCCCGACAUUGGUAAAGCAAGGGCAAGACUGCAAAUCCCUGUACCAGGUUGUGGCCCAGAGCAUGUGGCAGGUGGUCCAGCAGGCUCUGGAGGGCACUGAGUACUGCCCAGAGCUGGAGCUAAAGAUCCAGGCUGUGCUGGGCACCAUAGAGUGGACACAGGAGAAGCACCAGAGCUGGGAGGAUGGUGACCUCCAGGAUGGUGACCUCCAGGAUGGUGACCUCCAGGAUGGCGGAGUUGCCGCCUGGGGCAAUCAGCUGGAGAAGCUGCUGAGAAGUGAUGUGGAGGCCAGAGUGCCUGCCCUGGGCCCUGGCGACCAGGUGGACCUGUACCUGGAGAAGCUAGAAGAGGCUGUGACACAGGGCCUGAGGUCCCCGCGGGCCAGCCUGUUGGGGCCCCAGCUCUGGAAGGUCUACAGGACACACUUCCAGGAGGUCCUCCUCAACCGCCUCUGGGAGCUCAUGCACUCCUUUGGCACCAACAGGGAAAGCUGUCACAUGCUGUACUCCUGGGCCAAGAUAACGUUGUUUGGGGAGCCAGGGAAGACACUUGUGAGUGCACCUCCCACUUCCCAGGAGCCCGCGGUCAGGCACCUCUUAGAUUCUGUGACGUUUGUUCCCUGGAUGUCCCGAAUGCAGAAGAAGCUGGUGGGACUAAUACAGGAAAGCUUGGAGGAACAACUAGAAAAUGUCCUGAUCUGUGAUUGGAAAACAUGGGCCCAGGCUUCCUGCCCGACGUUUAUCGAAAUCUUCCAGCUGCUGGAAGAAAACAUUAAUGCAGUACAACCCAUUGGACUACCUAUCACUAGCCAGGUGCAAUCCAUGGUUCUGGAAACAUUUUCAAAGUUUCUGAAAAGGUACGAGGCCGAGGCCGCCCACUUCCUCCACCAGAACGCCACUGCUGGGCCCCUCCCCGAGGUGCACGUGCUGGCAAACUGCUGCAUCCUCAGGGAAACGUGGCAGGAGCUGAGCUGGGCACACAUUCUGCCGGCACAUCUGGACGCUGUCGUGCAAGACACCAUCCACGACAUCGAGAGCCACAGCCGGGACCACUUCCUGUUUAAGGGCAGAGCCCUGUGCAAGAGUCUGCUCCUGGGUUACUUCGUGAGGAAGGACAAGGAUCUGGUUGGAGCUCUGGAGGCCUUGUGGCAGAGUCUGGAGGGCCGUCCCAAAAUGUACUCCACUCUCACGUAUGAGGACAUCAUGCGAAGUUUGCAUGUGGUGGUCUUUGGGGAGUACAUCCAGGCCCUGGCCACCCACCUCAAGAAGCUGGCGCCCAAGAAGUGGGAGGACAUCUUGGUUCAGGUGAACACUGACACCACGAAGUUGCACAACAUCUUCACGAAGCACAGGGACGUUGGCUUGGCCAACCUACAGGAACCCAUCAUGGGGAUCUUCCAGCUCAGAGGGAACAAGGGCAGGGAGACUGUGGAUGACUGGCUGGCGUCCUUCAGGGACAGAUUCCCAGAUUAUUUAAGCACCCAGGCCCAGCCAUGCUGCUCUGUGCUCUUGGAGGAGACCGAGGACAAGGGAAGCUGCUGCUGCUGCUGUUGACCCCAGCUCUGGUAAAGGUAACCGAGGCUGCAAGGCUCCAGAGCGCUCCUCCAGGGAUCUGGCGGCAGCUCCCUGACUGCCCUUAAUGGAGGUGGAGGUGAGCUCGAGCUUCAGGAAGCCUCGGGCUGUGGAAGUUGUGUGGCUCCGACACCCACCUAUGGAGAAGGAUCUGGGUGCCCCUGGCCACCAGGUGGCCACUUCAUAAAUGGUGGCCUGACAUCCAGGAGGAACCCAAUCCUUCUCAGUUCUGGACUCGUCUGUCAGAAGGAAUACCCUGACCCCAGCCACCAAGCAAUAAGGCAGGCCAGGCCUUGUGGGAGGCCACAUGCUCAUGUUCUAGCCAGAAACCCUACUGAGGACCCAGCCAAAAGCUGGCAUGAACCCCAGAAGAACCUCAAGAUUCCUGCAGCCCCAACCACUGUCUGAUGUAGCAUCAGAAUUAAAGGCGAACAUAGCCUAUUGGUGAUUGGUGACUGAACAGUUGGACCCUCGCCUGGUGUGGAAGUUCCCACAGUUGGUAUCAAAAGAGUUGUGAGCAGAGGGACAGUUUUGCUGGAGUCACCUUGGUCACCCACGCCUCCCCAUGGAGGUGGGGGGACACUUGCUUGCUGCCACCCCCAAACUGCAUGAAAAUGCUUCAAUGAACAGGCCUCUGCCUAAUCUGAGUCAGAAGCUGUCAAGUCGUUUCUCCUUUUCCUUCCCUUUGUCCUCCUUCACGUUAUUCUCUUUUCUGGAAAAUGAAAGAGUAGUUCCUGUACAUCAGUAUUUAAGAGAGGCUGCGACCCAGACCUUGCUUCAACGCUGUUUUAGCAGAUUCCCUAGGCUCAGGUCCAUGUGACCCUCCAUCCCAUGGGUCACCACCUGCUAGAGAGAACAGACAGGCUGCUUCCUUCCUGAGCUGCCAUCCUGACUGUCCUGGACUGAGGCUGGGCAGCAGCAAACACUGAUCGUCUCCCGAGGAAAGUGCCUUCAUUCUGGGCGUCAAAUCGCUCCUACAAGUAGUUUCUGAAGGAAAGGACAAUGAGCUCUGUAUAAAAAUAAGCAAGCACACAAGGGCAGAGGAACCAUGAGUGAGACCCAGUAGGACCUGCAGACAGCAGACAGGCCUGCAAAGACCGGCUCUUGUCACACGGUGUAGCAGACACAUGGCAUAUCAGACACUGAGUGUACCAGACACCGACUGUAUCAGGUACACGGUGUAUCAGACACUGUAUCAGACACUGUAUUAGACACUGACUGUAACAGAUGCACAAGGUAUCAGACAGCGACUGUACUGACCGUACCAGAUACCGACUGUAUCAGGCACAUGGUGUAUCAGACACAUGGCAUAUCAGACACCAACUGUACCAGACACCGACUGUAUCAAACACUGACUGUAUCAGACAUGGAUUGUACCAGACACUGGCUGUAUUAGACACUGACUGUAUCAGACACAGAGUAUCAGACACUGUAUCAGACAGCGACUGUCUCAGACACUGACUGUAUCAGACAAUAACUGCAUUAGAUGGUGACUGUAUCAGACACACAGGGUAUCAGACAGCAACUAUAUCAGACAGUGACUAUAUCAGAUACCGACUGUAUCAGGCACACGGUGUAUCAGGAACAUAGCAUAUCAGACACCAACUGUACCAGACAUAUGGUAUAUCAGACGUUGACUGUAUUAGACACUGAGUGUAUCAGAUAUUGACUGUAUCAGACACCAACUGUACCAGACAGUGACUGUACCCGACACCGACUGUAUCAGACAGCGACAAUAUCUGCCACAGACACUGACUGUACCAGACACAUAGUGUGGAGUGUGGACAGAUUGUGUCUAAAGAAAUAAAACACAAGCUUGAAAAUAUC